UCUCAUGUAGGAAGUGUUGCCCAACCGUUAACGUCAGUUGCUCAUUAACAAUAAAAUAUCGGGUAAAAGGAGCAGGUUUUUACCAGAAGCAGACUGUGAGUUCUGACUAUGGCUGGACCAGUCAGUCUGGAGCUGGAUCCCAUCUUCCUAAAGGGACUCGGCUACCUGCACUCCAAGAGUAAAGACUCCGUUGAGAAACUCAAAGCUUUACUUGAUGAAUCCCUUUCAAGAGGAAGUGACUCAUCUUACCGUUCAUUACAAAAGGAUGUAGAAGUGUCCAAGGGGUCUGUGUCAAAACUGAGCUUAAGUAAACAGGACUCCAAGUCCUCCUCCAGCUCUUCCUCCUCUAGCAGCAGCAGUAGCAGUAGCAAAUCCAGCUCCGAAAAGAGCAAGAAGGAGGCAGAGAAGAGACCUGCUGAGAAGGUCAGGGUUGAAUUGGCGGAAGUGGACCCUCCGAAAAAGCCUCGUUUGGAGAAACAGGAGAAUCGCUCUUCUCCAAUUACCGUUCAAACCAGCAAAGACCUUCUGCCAAACAUAAACGACUACGAUGAGACCAAUGCCGAUGACUUUGCCAUGGAGAUGGGUCUGGCGUGUGUGGUUUGCAGGCAAAUGACAGUGACCAUGGGAAACCAGUUGGUGGAGUGCCAGGAGUGCCAUAACCUGUACCACCAGGACUGUCACAAGCCCCAAGUGACCGACAAGGAAGUGAAUGAUCCACGGCUCGUGUGGUAUUGUGCCCGCUGCACCAGGCAGAUGAAGCGUAUGGCAUCAAAGCCUGCUCAGAAGCCGUCCCCUGCAUCUGCAUCCUCAGCGCCCGUUGUAAAAGACACACUGGUGAAAAAGACGGAGCUUAAAGCCAAGCCGGACACAGCCAGCUCCUUCCAGGCCUUCAAAAGAACCGAAGUGAAGGCGUCCACAACAUCGGCCAACCCGGCCAACAGCAGCUCCUCCACGGCAGGCAGCGGUCUCACAGGGUGGGCUGCGUUUGGCGCCAAAACGGGCCCAUCUCUUCCUGCCAGCUCCAAACUGGGGUCCUCUGGUCCAAGUGGGAGCCACAAGACCCUGACCACUCCCUCCAGCCAGAAACCUGUCGGGCUGUCUGGGCUAGCAGGAGCCAAAUCGGGGCUCGGGAGUGCAAAAACACCCGGGAGCGGCAAUGGAAACGGCUCUAGUGCGGCGCCUCUUAAACCUCCGCCCCCCCUGACUCUGGGUAAGCAGCCGCUGAAUCGCUCAUCCAGCGGUGAAGGCCCAGCCAAAGGGUCUCCUGCGUCGGGGUCCAGCUCCCCCGGCAGCAGCGGAGCAGGGAACGGGGGAAAUAACGGAGGAGGUAACGGGAACAAUGGGAACGGGUCGAAGGCUGCUCCCGGGGAGAAAGCACCGACGUCCCAAGAGUCCCAGCUUAACGCCAUGAAACGGUUACAACAGGUGAAGAAGAAAGCAGCGCAGAAGAAGCUGAAGAAAUGAGUUGAGGGAACUGAAGGUGGGAGGGAGUAGAAAAUAAACGUUUAAACGAUGUGGAUAAGUGCCGGAUCUUUCUGUUUGUUUCAAAAUAUCAUUUGUACUUGAGUUACACCAUCCAGUCAAAUACUUGAACUUACUUUGUGUUAAUGCUACUGGAUUGUACUUCUUUAUGUCAUAACUAGUUUAACCGUUUAAAAGUGUCACUUUUUAUCACAAACGUCAAUAAAUCUCUUCUUAAAAACUGA